GUAAAGUAUUAGAUUAGUUUAUAAAGGGUUUUAACCCGUUUUUGUAAUCGGAAGCCCGAUUAUUAUCAUCUCCGUCGCCAAUCGACUUCCGUUUUCUCCUUUACUGCUUUUGAACUUGCAACUCCAUUAACGAAGUGAAUUCUUAGAUUCAAUCGUCAGAUUCCUUUUCCGAAGCAUCCACUUCCGAUUAUAGUUCCAUAGCUCCUCCGCAGAUUCUCUCUUCGAAUUUAUAGGGUUUAAUAUCAAAGAAGAAGAAUCAUGAGUAGCAUAGGUACAGGCUACGAUUUAUCGGUGACGACUUUUUCGCCGGACGGACGAGUGUUCCAGAUUGAGUAUGCCGCCAAGGCUGUGGACAAUAGCGGGACCGUCGUCGGCAUCAAGUGCAAAGACGGCAUUGUCCUGGUCGGUCUCCUUUCUCUUCCAAUUUUUCAGUAAUUUUUUUCUGCUUUUAUUAAAUUAGGUUUAUUUUGAUUGGGCUUGACAAUUUGAUCAGGGGGUGGAGAAGCUGAUUGCUUCAAAGAUGAUGUUACCUGGCUCCAACAGGAGAAUUCACUCCGUUCAUCGUCAUUCUGGCAUGGCAGUUGCAGGAUUAGCUGCUGACGGGAGGCAAAUUGUUGCAAGGGCCAAGGCUGAAGCAACCAACUAUGAAAGCCUGAAAGGUGAGCCAGUUCCAGUGAAAGAGCUUGCAGAACGUGUCGCGAGCUAUGUGCAUCUGUGUACACUUUAUUGGUGGCUCAGGCCUUUUGGAUGUGGGGUGAUACUUGGUGGUUAUGACAGAGAUGGGCCGCAACUAUACAUGGUUGAGCCUUCUGGCAUUUCACAUAGGUACUUUGGCACUUCAAUUGGAAAAGGCAGGCAGGCUGCUAAGACGGAGAUUGAAAAACUGAAGCUUUCUGAAAUGACUUGCCGCCAGGGGGUGAUUGAGGUAGCAAAAAUAAUCUAUGGGGUACAUGACGAGGCAAAGGACAAGGCAUUUGAAUUAGAAAUGAGUUGGGUAUGUGAUGAAUCCAAUCGUCAACACCAGAAGGUUCCGGAUGAUCUUCUGGAGGAAGCCAAAGCUGCAGCUAAGGCUGCACUUGAGGAAAUGGAUGCUGAUUAAUCUGCAUUUGAUUUGUUUGUUUCAAAUUUGGAAUAUGUACUGUCUUCUGGCCGAAAGGAGUUGCAAGUUGGGCACUUCUGUGCAUUUUUCUUGGUGAAACCUUGCAAUCAAAAAGGCUAUAUGUUAUUUAUUCAGCAACGGAACUUGUCUUUUGUUUUAUUUUGUUUAUCAGGAGUCUUAAUUUUGUGGACUAAAAAAAGCUUGGUAUUAGGAUGACUGAAAGAUUAAGUGAUAAGUAAAAAAUUUAAAACAUAGAGUUGCAAAUAAUGGAAUUGAUCUUUGUUUGACAAUCAUCCUUACCAUGAAAAGAAAAAUUGUGUGAAGUCUUUUUGGGUUCUCUAACUACACUUAAGAGCAUAUAAAAUUCUCGUACAACAUACACCAUGUUGCUGAGUCCAACACAAAAAUCUGAAUAGUUGUAGCAGAAAGAAUGCCGGCUAUUUGACUGCAGAAGGAAUGAGGUGCCGGAGGAAGGAGAUCCAUAUCUGAUAGUUGAGAAGGCACUACUUAUAGUGGCUAAUACCGAGUUUGAAGCACCGAAAAAAACUGUUUGAAAUCGAAUGCCAUUUUUGCAAGACAAGUACCAAACGGAAACAUAUGCGUGGUUUGAGCCACAACAGUUCUAUCUCCCUCACUACUAAGUUCGGUGUUCAAGAUCUUAUGCUCCAAUUUGAAGAGGCAUCAGCAAACUAAAGAUUGUGUGCAAUGUCAUACUGUGUAUUUGUAGUAGUUUACUCCAAUUUAGAAUCUUUAAUUUCCAUCAAGACGUGUAUUUAUUGAUGUCAAACAACGAGAAUACGAGGAAUUUUCCUG